AAUAUUAUUAUUAAUUGAUUAAACACUAUGUGUGAUAAGCAUUAUUCAGAUGAUAGUUUAAGUAUUGUACUUUAUGUUUGCAAGUAUUAACUUGUAAUUAUUUAGAAUCCAACAUUUGGAUAAUUAGCUUAAGAUCCAUAGGAUUAGUGUUAGAAUUAUUAAUAUGCAUAAUAUUAAUAAGUGUAAUAUUAGAAAAGGAAAAACAUGAGCAACUUUUUAAUGCAGGCCGCAUAGGUUUAUGCUUGAUUGGAUUCUUUUGGUUAUAUCAGGGCAUAAACCAUUAUCAAGAGAGUGUGUAUAUUAUUGUGGAAAAACAACAAGUUAUCAGUGCAAAGAGAUUUCGAACCUGUUUAUGUCUUUCAUUGGUUUGAUGUUGUCAAUCGUAGCAUUUGUCUUUGGAUUUUAGUGCGUUCAUUAAUUACAUCAAUAUAAGGAAUACUUAGUAAAAAUACACACUAUAAAAAGUUGGAUAACAAAAAUGAUUCAUUUGCUCAUCAAUUGCUUAAAUUAGAAACAAGACUUACUUAAAUCAAAAUAUUAAAAUGUAAAUUAAAUACUCAAUUUUAUUUAAGUAAGUGGUAUGGUGUAAUUUGGAGUUCAAUUUUGUUGGGAUUGUUUAGCAUACUUUUUAUCUACCACUACAAUAGAGUGUACUCAUUAUUUUAUACCAACAACAUUGUUAACAGUAUAAUUGUAUUUGUUAUAGGUUUUCAUAUAUUCUUUAUUAAAAUUAAUAUCAUUAGUAACACUUCCUAUAGCUGUAUUCUUGGUGUGUUAUGAAUGUAAUAAAGAAUACUUUGGAAUUGAUCAUAAUAUUUGGAAUUUUUCAAGGAGUCACAGAUCAUUAAAAGUUUUACCAGAUCGUGAGUAAUUAAAAUAUGUUGAAAUGUCUGAAAUUAAAUGA